GGGUCCGAUUUCUGUCAUUCGGGUCGGAUCUACAAUCGGAGCUCAGUCAAAUGUAUGUUCCCUCGUUAAACCCUAAUUUCCCAGAGCGUCGAAAGGAAGAAGACGAUGCCGGGUCCGACGUCGGAUGUGGAGCCUGUUGAACCACAAUCGCUGAAGAAGCUCAGUCUCAAAUCCCUGAAACGAGCUCUUGAUCUUUUCUCCCCCGUCCAUGGCCAUUUCGCUCCACCGGACCCGGAGAGCAAGAAGAUUCGUCUCAGUCAUAAGGUGAGUAUUGUAUAUGGAGGCGUAGAACCUACAAGUCAGGCUCCCCGCCGACCUGACCGCAACAAUCAACAGAUAGCUCCAUCGAAUGCCCUUGCUCUUCCAGGUCCAGAAGGGUCGAAGGAUCUCCGGAAAGGUGCAACAGAGAAUGCUUUAGUUGUUGGUCCAACUUUACAGCCAAGAGGCCCGAAUGAUGUCGGUCCCUCUAGUAGCAGAAGCACCGCCAUUCUUUCUGCAACUGGAUUUUCAUCUGAAAGAAAUCUGUCAACUGCUGCUUUAAUGGAAAGAAUACCAAGUAAAUGGCCCCGCCCUGUGUGGCAUGCGCCAUGGAAGAAUUAUAGGGUCAUUCAAGGACAUUUGGGAUGGGUCAGAUCAAUUGCAUUUGACCCAAGUAAUGAAUGGUUUUGUACUGGCUCAGCUGAUCGUACCAUCAAGAUAUGGGAUCUGGCAACUGGAGUUCUGAAGCUCACGCUUACCGGACAUAUCGAGCAAAUACGAGGCCUUGCUGUUAGUCCCAGGCACACUUAUAUGUUCUCAGCUGGUGAUGACAAGCAAGUUAAAUGCUGGGAUCUUGAGCAGAAUAAGGUUAUUCGGUCUUAUCAUGGUCAUUUGAGCGGUGUUUACUGCUUGGCUCUUCACCCAACUCUGGACAUUUUACUAACUGGAGGACGAGACUCCGUCUGCAGGGUGUGGGAUAUCCGUACUAAGAUGCAAAUUUUUGCACUUUCAGGGCAUGACAACACUGUUUGUUCCGUAUUCACCCGUCCAACAGACCCACAAGUUGUUACUGGAUCCCAUGACUCAACCAUCAAAUUUUGGGACCUCCGAUACGGACGUACUAUGACGACUCUAACACAUCAUAAGAAGUCAGUCCGAGCAAUGGCCCUCCAUCCUAAAGAGAAUGCCUUUACUUCUGCAUCAGCUGACAACAUCAAGAAAUUUACUCUUCCAAAGGGAGAAUUCUGCCACAACAUGCUUUCUCAGCAGAAAACCAUAAUUAACACAAUGGCGGUGAAUGAGGACGGCGUAAUGGUCACUGGAGGUGACAAUGGGAGCUUAUGGUUUUGGGAUUGGAAGAGUGGACACAAUUUCCAGCAGGCGCAAACCAUUGUCCAACCAGGGUCAUUGGAGAGUGAGGCGGCUAUAUACGCAGUGGGGUAUGAUGUAACAGGAUCAAGAUUGGUGACAUGUGAAGCGGAUAAGACCAUUAAAAUGUGGAAGGAAGAUGAGAAGGCCACCCCGGAAUCUCAUCCCAUCCACUUCAAACCCCCCAAGGACAUUCGACGCUUCUAAUGCCACACCAGAAAGACAGACAGAGGCCUGGGCGUUCCCUUCUGCAUUUGUACGGUUUGGUUCCGAAACUAUUUAAUUGAUUCUAUACAAAUUGUAUCAAAUUAGAGGGUUCGGUUUUGAUUUAACCGUCGGUCCGGUUCGUAAAGAUUUUAUUAUAUGAGUACUAAACAAGAAUAAAAAAAAUUGACAGUUACAUAUGCAUUGGUACAUAAGGUUGGAUAAUUUGGUUUU